GAUCAACCAAAAAACUAGAACAAGAGAGAAGAGAGAGGUUGUUCUUCGUUUUUGCGUGUACAUAAUUUUUGCGUUUGUUAACGUUUGGAGAUUGGAAUAUGCUUCUGGGUUUAGGGUUUAGAGUUCUUUGGGAGCUAGGGUAUGAAUGGCGGCUGUGGCUUGGCAGCUGAGAGCCCGUGUUCUCCGUAGGCAUUUCCAUCCGGCGCCAUCGAUCCGGCCGCCGUGCGCUCCUGCCGAGGCGCCAGUGAUCGGGAGCGAGGUCGGGCAUGGAGCACCUGCAGCAGAAUCGAUUUCUGGAUCGAUGGAGCUCAUGGCAGUCCCCAAAUCAAAGAUUUCCAAGUAUAAGAAGAAGCUAAGGAACAAUCCCAAGAACUUGAAGCCCAUUCCAGUGAUCGCCCAGUGCUCGAUUUGUGGAAGAUACAGACUUCCAAUGUACUUUUGCUGUAGUCCAUGGUUUCGAGCAAAGAAGGAUUUCAAAGUAUAAAUCAAAGCCACUUUUGUACAGAGCAUUCUAGGGUUUUAGUGCCACGCCAUUAGGGUUUUAGCGAAGAGCGAAAAUGGGGCGCCGAGAGGAGGCGGCGCAUUCGAUGGAGGCGAUCGGAUUCUCGUAUUAUCAGGCCGAUGAGGUGCGAGCGAUGAGUGUGAAGCGGAUUACCAGCCCGCGGUUGCUGGAUGGAUUGGGGAAGCCGGUGCCGAAUGGGCUGUAUGAUCCAGCUCUUGGUCCUACAGAACAAUCGGAUGUGUGUCCGACUUGUGGAGAUAUGCAGCUGUUUUGUCCUGGACAUUUCGGGCAUAUUGAGCUCGUGAUGCCAGUUUUCAAUCCUCUUCUCUACAGAUCUCUCGUGAGAAUUUUCAAGAGCGUUUGUGUUUUUUGCCACCACUUCAAGCACGAGCGCAAGAAAGUUGAAGACGCUUGCAUUGCUCUCACGCAAAUCAUGAAAGAGAGUGUUGUCGAGAAUCCGUCAGGUGGGCGUAAAAUGCUUAUAACGUCGGGGCACUUUAUCCAAGUGAAGAAGAUCAUCGAAGAUUUCUUUAAACUUCCGCGGACCAAAUGUAGUUCUUGCGGUGGGCAGGUUCCAGCGCUCAGGAGCGAAGGUCACGGGAAGCUGUUCCAGCAACCACUGAGUUCUAGGCAUAUGAGUGCGAACAUGGUCAGCGGGCAUAUUUUUAGAGAUCAAAAUGCUGCAGCGGCUGCAAUGGACGCCAGCGUUCCCGAGUCGAAGGGCAAAAGGCCCAAAGCGGAUAAAUUUGCCAAGAACUCGAGUAUUCAAGCAGUCGGGUACUUCAGCGCGCCUAAAAUUUUACUGCCUUCAGAGGUAAGAAAACACUUGAGUGCGCUGUGGAGGAACGAGGAGAAGCUCUGCUCUUUGAUUUGGGGUGGAGUUGGGACUGGAAAGUCACCUUCACCUGCUCGGAAAGAUGGUUUAUCUCUGUUCUUCUUGGAAGCACUUGCAGUCACACCGAAUCGAUUUCGGCCUCCAAACUAUGUCAAUAAUCAGCUUCUGGAGCAUCCUCAAAACAAGCUUUAUGAGGUUGUUGUCGAAAAAAAUAUUCAGCUGUCAGAUCUUAUUACAGAGAGCGGUGCAAAAUCAGAGGAUGGUCUGCGGUUAUGGCUUGAGUUGCAAAAUGCCGUGAACGAACUUAUUGAUAGCACUACUGUUGCUGGGAAAGAUAGAAACGUUGGAAUCAGACAACUAUUGGAAAAGAAACAAGGUCUCUUUAGGUGGAACAUGAUGGGGAAGAGGGUAAACCAUACCUGCCGUUCCGUCAUUUCACCUGAUCCUUUUAUUGCGGUCAAUGAAAUUGGUAUUCCACCAAAUUUUGCUGUAAAACUGACAUAUCCAGAGAAAGUAACAGCGUAUAACUUCGAGCGCUUGAGGAGAAAUGUUGAAAAUGGUCCGAACGUACAUCCUGGGGCUACUCAUGUUGAAGACGAGCUGGGUGUUCGGGUGAGCCUUGAGUACCUUAAAGAUUGGCAGCGGGUUGCUACGGCAAAGACACUGCUUUCCACGCCAGGCGCUACAGCGACUGACACUAUAAAGAAAGAAAAGCUUAUAGGAAAGACAGUUUACCGACACUUGCAAGACGGAGAUAUAUUACUCGCGAAUCGUCAGCCAACUCUUCACAAACCUGGAGUGAUGGGACACAAAGCUCGUGUGAUUAAAGGGCAACGAGCUUUGCGUUUGCACUACGCAAAUUGCAGUACGUACAAUGCAGACUUUGAUGGAGAUGAGAUGAAUGUUCAUUUUCCACAAGAUGAACUAGGACGAGCCGAGGCUUACCUGAUUGUCAAUGCCAACCAACAGUAUAUCGUACCGACAAGCGGGGAACCGAUACGAGGGCUCAUUCAAGAUCAUAUUAUUAGUGCAACUCUUCUCACGAAAAAGGAUACAUUUUUAACGAAGGAGGAAUAUCAUCAACUCGUUUAUUCUGCUUGCGUACCUAUGCCGACGUUAGAAUCUGCCACUUUUUCGAAGGGUCGCAAUGUGAAAACGCUCGACAAUCAUCCGGCAAUUGAAACUGUCCCUCCAGCUAUUUGGAAACCUCGUUGCCUGUGGUCCGGAAAGCAAGUUUUAACGACAAUCCUCAACUAUGUCACCAGAGGGAGACCUCCGUUUUCAAUGGAAAGAGGUAUACGUGUCUCGGGAGAUUACAUUGGGAAGACAAGCGAGGAACUGAAGGUUCUGGUUCGAGGAAACGAUUUUCUUUGCGGUAUCAUUGACAAAGCUCAGUUUGGAAAAUUUGGCUUGGUGCACACUGUUCAAGAGCUGUAUGGUGCUGACGAUGCUGGUCAUCUUCUAUCGGUUUUUAGCAGGCUGUUCACCUCCUAUUUAUUUAUGCAUGGGUUUACUUGUGGAAUCGCCGACAUGCUUUUGCUCCCAGGAGCGGAAGAGGAGAGAGCUGCUAAACUCGAGCCAGCGGAGAAUGAGCUGGGUGACAUUGUGCAUGGGCGUUUUGUGGGUGUUGAGGACAAGCAACUGUCGAGCGUGGGAAUUGAAGCAAUUAAAGACAUGACUGGGAGAAUUCUUCAGCUGAGAGCUGAUGCCGGCCGAGCUCGUCUCGAUAUGCUCAUGUCAAGUGCUAUGAAUAAGGUGACUUCUGAAGUAAACAAUGCACUCUUUCCGAAAGGUUUGGUGAAGCCUUUCCCUGAAAAUUGCUUAUCUCUGAUGACGGUAACUGGUGCAAAGGGAGGAAUGGUCAACUUCACGCAAAUAUCGUCAAUGCUUGGCCAGCAGGAAUUAGAAGGCAAACGCGUGCCAAGGAUGGUGUCUGGCAAGACGCUUCCCUGUUUUCAACCAUACGAACCUGUUGCCAGGUCCGGUGGGUUUAUCAAAGAUCGUUUCCUGACAGGUUUAAGGCCUCAGGAGUACUAUUAUCAUUGCAUGGCUGGACGUGACGGACUUGUGGAUACUGCCGUCAAAACAGCAAAGAGUGGAUACUUGCAGAGAUGCAUAAUAAAAAAUCUGGAGUGCUUGAAAAUCAAUUACGACUUUACAGUACGUGAUGCAGAUGGAUCGGUGAUACAAUUUUUUUAUGGAGAAGAUGCCGUGGACGUGACUAAGAGCAGCUGUUUGACGAACUUCGACCUUAUGGCUACAAACCGCGACCUGAUUACUCAAAAGCUUGGCUUAGGAGAACAUGCCAAGGACGUGAAGAAUAUGAAGGCAAUUGUUUCCAAGGACGCUUACAUCACAGACAUACCUGAGGCCAUGGAACAGAAGUUUGAGAAGUUUAUGGGUGGGCUCUCGGAAGAGAAGAAAAAGGCGUACAAAUUGUAUCGCAGGAGACACAUCAAGGAACUCAGAAGCGUGAUGACGCACAAGUACUUUGCUAGCCUCGCAGCACCUGGUGAGCCAGUCGGUGUUCUUGCUGGCCAAUCUAUCGGGGAACCAUCUACACAAAUGACGCUCAAUACUUUCCACUUUGCAGGACGUGGUGAGAUGAACGUGACGCUGGGUAUUCCUAGGCUGCACGAAAUCCUUACCGUUGCCUCCAAGGCUAUCAAAACUCCUAUAAUGACGUGCCCGUUGAAGCCUGGGAAAACAAGAGACGAAGGCCAGAAGCUUGCCGGCGUGAUGACCAAGGUGAUGUUACCGGACAUCUUGGAAACGGUCGAAGUGAGUGCUGUUCCCUUCUAUGUUCAUCACGGUGUACCGUCACGGCUUUACAAAGUGAGACUACGUGUAUAUCCUGAAGAGCGUUUCCCGCCGCACCUUGAUCAAAAUGAGGAGAUAGACAUGGCCAUCAAGUCCGUCUUUGCUAAAGGAGUGAGGAAAGAAAUCGAGAGGGAGAUAAAGGCACUCACUUCGGCAAAAGACUCCAUACAGAUACUUGGAAUUUCGGAGGACGAGCCUUCUCCCGCCGGGGAGGGUGAAAUCGAAGGUGGGAAGAAGAAGGUGGUCGAGGCUGGGGAAGUAGCUGAAGAAGAUGACGAUGAUGAUGAUCAAGAAGAAGGGGCCGAUGCCGAGAAACGGAAAGGGAGAACUACUGACGAGGCUGCUUAUGAGACAGAUAGCGAGCAAGAGGACGAGCAAGAGAUGGAUUUAGAUGCUGAAAACGAUAUUGCCGACGGUGAUAACGACGAAGAGAAGGGCGGUGAAGUUGUGGAUGACGAGGAAGAGGGGCACGGGAAAGAGAAAGAGGGGAAGAAGAGCAGUAGCGUUCGGGCUCGUGGGAGAAGCUACGAGAUGAAAUUCCAAGCGAACCAGAACAGUCCGCAGCUCUUUCUUCCGAAUAUUGUCGAGAAAGUACUCAAAACCGUGACGGUACGGCGUAUGAAAAACAUCGAGAAGUGUAACACGAUUGAGCUUAACGGCAAACCGGAAAACCCCGCGCUCCAGACGGACGGUGUCAACUUCUGGGAACUCUGGUCUCUGCCGGACGAUGUUCUCGACUUAAACAAGCUCACAUCCAACGACAUUGCCGCCAUGCUCAACACUUACGGCGUAGAGGCAGCCAGAGCCACCAUCGUGAGGGAGGUACAGGGCGUCUUCGGCUCCUACGGCAUCUCUGUCAACGCCCGCCAUCUCAGCCUCAUUGCCGAUUUCAUGACGUUCCAGGGGGGUUACAGGCCACUCAACCGGGUCGGCAUCGUCUCCAACCCGUCACCUUUCCUCAAGAUGAGUUUCGAGACCGCGUCGCAGUUCCUCAUAGAUGCGUCUCUGCGGCGGCAAGUCGACGAGCUGGAUACCCCGUCUUCACGGAUUAUUGUUGGGAGAACAGUGGGCCUGGGAACAGGAUGCUUUGAUUUGCUCCAGAAGACGGACAUGCCGCAGUAUUGACUUACAGUGUCCGGGUUUGGACGUAUUUGAUGGAGCACGAGAAGUGGAUUCGGGUCUACGUGGUGCUGCCAAGGUGUUUCAAUAAAGACGCGCGCAAGGCGGACGAACAACACGAGAUGGCUACCUGGUAUUUGAAGCCGCUGGAUAUUUAUAAGGGGGAGCUGUGACAGGUCGGUGAUUGCCAGUGCUCGAUGGCUGCAGCCAUUGUUCCUUUUAACUUUAGAGUCGCCACCACACCGAUACGAAAGAUCAACAACCAGUAUAGACGGACAACCUACAGUUGGCGAAGUGUCCCCGUCGGCGGCCAGGAGGGAAAAGAAAAGCAAAAGAACAAACGGAAAGGAGGAGAAUAGGGGAUGGAAUACUCAAACUUUGCUCGGAAAACCCGUGGCCUAUAGCGGAACAGAGCACCUGGUGCUGGUAAACUAGGAAGCGUAUAAAAAGGAGAGUUGUGCCGGUGGCUUGUCCUUCUCGAAUCGCCGAUAGAAGUCCACAAAAUCGUUCGUUGAGAGGGGAGGUGCCAUCGACUCGUAACUAAAUCGGAGGCAAGGAAUCUUUAAUCUCACUUCUGAGCUUCGAGUCA